AUAUUUCUAACUCUUAGAAUAGCCUGUCACCAACCGAUUACUGAAAGCCAACCCCGUCUGAGAAACUGAACCUCUCAUCAUAUUCUCAGAACAGACUGAUGCAGUAGUGUAACUAUGUCACUUGACUAAUUGAAAUCAAUAAAUUAAAUCAUUGGACGCUGCAGUUACAUUUCCCGCAGAUUUUAACGUCAGUUUCUGUUUACAUUUCCCGCGUUACUUCCUGUUUACGUUUCCCGCGGUUCUUAAUGCUACUUCCUGUUUACAUUUCCCGCGUUGAGUGACAUUCAAAAUGGCUGUGCAAAGCAGUAAAGAACUCCAGUUAGACAGCAUCCAGGAACAGGGUUUUAUAUCUUUCUUUCGAAAAUUACCGGAGAAGUCCAGUGCGACGCUUAGGAUAUUUGAUCGGACAGAUUACUAUACAGUCCAUGGCAGCGAUGCAUUAUUUGUGGCUAAAGAAGUAUUCAAAACCUUGGGUGUCGUGAAAUAUCUUGGUUCUGGCUCAAACAAGAUGGAAUCUGUGGUAUUAAGCAAAUUGAACUUUGAGUCACUUGUACGUGAUUUGUUACUUGUCAAAGCUUAUAGAGUGGAGCUUUACAGAUCCAAAAGUAAAAAUGAAUGGUCAUUGGAUUUCAAGGCUUCUCCUGGAAACCUGGUUCAGUUUGAAGAUAUUCUGUUCACUAAUUGUGAAAUGUCAUCUGCUACUGGAGUUUUGGCUGUUAAGAUUGGUACAGUCAAUGGCCAACAGAUGGUUGGAACAGCUCUUGUGGAGUUGACAUCCCACAAAAUGGAGGUCUGUGAGUUCACUGACAAUGAUCAGUUUUCAAAUUUGGAGGCUCUCAUUGUUCAGUUGGGACCAAAAGAGUGUAUUGUGUGUGCUAGUGAAAUCAAUGACUCAGCCUGGCUAAAACAGGUUAUUACCCGAAGUGGACUUUUGAUUACUGAAAAAAAGAAAGGUGAUUUCCAAAGCAAAGAUAUAGUCCAAGACUUGAACAGGCUGCUUAAGUUCCAGAAGGAAGACCAACAGAACAGUGCUGCUUUACCUGAGCUUGAUAACACUCUUGCUAUGGCAGCAUUGUCUUCCCUAGUCAAGUAUUUGGAGUUACUUUCUGAUGAGGGCUACUUUGGCCAAUUCAAAUUGUCUACAUUCGAUCUGAAGCAGUAUUUGAAGUUGGAUGCAGCUGCAGUGAAAGCUUUGAACAUUCAACCUAAUCCUUAUGAAGGUGGAAACAAGAAUCAGAGUAUUUUGGGAUUAUUAAACAAGUGUCGUACAGCACCAGGUCAACGGCUCCUAAGUCAGUGGAUUAAACAACCUUUGGUAGACAUCAACAAAAUAGAAGAGAGGCUUAACAUGGUAGAAGCAUUUGUCAACAACACCGAGUUACGUCAGUCACUCCAUGAAGACCAGUUAAAGAAGAUUCCGGAUUACCAGCGUUUAUCCAAAAAAUUUUAUCGUAAAAAGGCUAAUCUUCAGGAUUGCUACCGUGUGUACCAUUCCUUGAGUAAGUUGCCAUAUCUUGUGGAAACUCUGGAGAAGGAUGAUGGUCCUCAUAAAAAUCUUGUGAUGCAGGUCUUCAGUAAUCCAAUCAAGGAAUUACUGUUGGAUUUCAUUAAAUUUGAAGAGAUGAUUGAAAGUACAUUGGAUAUGGAACAAGUAGAAAAUCAUGAAUUUCUAAUUAAACCUGAAUUUGAUGAUGUUCUAACAUCUCUACGAGAAAAACUUGAUGAAGUUGAGGCUGAUAUUAAGUCCCAGUUAAAUAAGGUGGCAAGGGACCUGGGAGUUGAACCUCAGAAAACACUGAAGCUCGAAUCAAACAGUCAGUUAGGUUAUUUUUUCCGAGUCACUCGAAAGGAGGAGAAACUAAUCCGAAAUAACAAAACCUAUCUUACCAUUGACACCAAUAAAAAUGGUGUGAGGUUUCACAACACUGGUUUGCGGCAGUUGAAUGAAGAGUUUGUACAACUGAGACAAGAUUAUGCUGAACAACAGAAAACUGUUGUUGCUGGAAUCAUUGAUAUUGCUGCUGGUUAUGUUGAACCUAUGAUGCAGAUGAAUGAUAUUCUUGCACAACUGGAUGUUAUGGUUUGUUUUGCCCAUGUAUCUGCUAAUGCACCAAUACCUUAUGUACGUCCUAAACUUUUGGAGAAAGGAUCUGGAAUUAUUCGACUGAAGGAGGCAAGACAUCCAUGUUUGGAAAUGCAGGAUGAUGUUUCUUUCAUUCCCAAUGAUAUUGAAUUUGAAAAAGAGAAACGGAUGUUCCACAUUAUAACUGGACCCAAUAUGGGAGGAAAAUCAACAUAUAUUAGAUCUGUUGGCUGUAUUGUACUUUUAGCUCAGCUUGGUUGUUUUGUGCCUUGUGAUGAAGCAGAGAUUUCCAUUGUUGACAGUAUUUUGGCACGUGUUGGUGCUGGAGAUAGUCAACUAAAAGGUGUAUCUACAUUUAUGGCAGAAAUGCUGGAGACUGCAUCAAUUCUCAGAUCAGCAUCAGAAAACUCUUUGAUCAUAAUAGAUGAGCUUGGAAGAGGUACCUCAACCUAUGAUGGAUUUGGUUUAGCUUGGGCCAUUGCAGAAUACAUUGCUACAAAAAUCAAAGCCUUUUGUCUUUUUGCAACUCAUUUUCAUGAACUAACAUUGUUAGCUGAUGAAGUUUCCACAGUCAUUAACUCGCAUGUAACAGCUCUGACUUGCAAUGAUACACUAACUCUUUUAUACAAAGUUAAACAUGGAGUUUGUGACCAGAGUUUUGGAAUACAUGUUGCUGAACUUGCUCAUUUUCCAAAACAUGUUAUAGAGUUUGCCAAGAACAAAGCUAAAGAGCUGGAAGAUUUUCAGAGUGUUGAUUUGCAGGGUACUGACAUGGCUGGUGAUGAUGAGCCAGCUGUGAAAAAACGGAAGUCUGAGAAACAGGAAGGUGAACGAAUUAUUGAAGAUUUCCUGAAAAGUGUGAAGAAUUUGCCUUUGGAUACUCUUACAAAUGAACAACUUAAAACUGAAAUAAGCAACCUAAAAGCUGGAGUAGAAUCUAAAAAUAACCUGUAUAUAAAAGACAUUCUCUCUUAAAUUUCUUAAAAGAAUAUUAAUUCUUUUAAACCUUUCCCUCCUGUCCUCUUUUUGGUCAUAAAGCCAGUAUUGAUACUGAUGUA